AGAUGGCGGAAGCCGCAGCUGACGAUGAUGUGACAUUGCCAAGAGCUGCUGUUAACAAGAUGAUUAAGGAGAUGAUACCAAAUGUGCGAGUUUCUAAUGAUGCUAGAGAACUUAUUUUAAACUGCUGUACAGAGUUCAUUCAUUUAGUUUCAUCAGAGGCAAAUGAAAUUUGUAAUCGUCAGAUGAAGAAGACAAUUCUACCAGAGCAUGUUUUUCAAGCUUUACAGGGAUUGGGUUUUACUUCCUACAUUGAAGAAGUGAGAUCAGUUCUUCAAGAAUGUAAAACACAAGCUGCAAACAAAAGAAGAGCCAGCACACGACUGGAGAAUCUGGGUAUCCCUGAAGAAGAGUUGUUGCGGCAACAGCAGGAACUCUUUCAGCAAGCAAGAAUAAAGCAAGCUCAGGCUGAACAGGAAGAAUUCCAGCAGCUUCAACAAGCUCAAACAUUGGCUCAGCAACAGCAACAACAACAACAAAUACCACAGCCUAGUACAUCAGCUGUAUCACCUGUAGCAACACAAUUGAAUCAAUAGCUAGUCACCAUUUUUUGCUCAUAUUAUCUCAGCCGAGCACUUGUUGAAAGAGCUGCACCAUGUCAUUUUU